ACUGGGAUCUUAUGAGAGCGCGUCCUUCGCGUUCUAGCUCUCCGCCGGUGAGGGAGCCGCAUGAUUUGACGACUUCCCUUAACAAUUCCCAAUCUGUUCCUGAUAGUCUGCCUAUGGCAGAUCGGGUUCAGCGUGAAAAAACAGUUUAUUUUUCCCUGCCUCCUUCUGCGAUUUACCCAAGUAUGGCUCAAGUUACACAUCGCCCAGGCAGCCGCGUGCCUACUUUUGCUCCUCCCCGACACGAGGAGGAGCAGAGGGAGGUACAACUGAGCGUGGAUAUGAACUUGGUGGGCCGUCUUGUAGAGGACGCACCGCCUGCUCGGGGCGGCUCAUUUUCUUCUCCUCCACGUGUGAGGGGCGCUGCGAGGUUUCCCUCCACUCCGGGGUUUUAUCGGGAGGGGUUUCACCAAACUGAUAUGCAGAGUAGGGAGAAUAGUCCCUCCCCUAGUGAGGUUGGAACACCACGGGGUGUGAUUGCCCCCUCUGGUGGAGAUUCUUUUCGCAGGCGUCUUUCGCACGUGGAGGGGAAAUUGCGGCGUGUUGUGGAUAAUUUCCCCACUCACCUUAAAGAUUUAGCAAGUGAAUCAGAGAAUCAGUCAAUUCAGUCUCAGGAGUCUUUUCAUCAUAAUAUGCCUUUAUUAGUAUCGCAACAAGGACAGAGAUACAAGCCGUUCUCUUUUGGGGAUAUACAGACCCUGAUUGACAAAUUACCCUCUUUAGCAGAUGGGGCUACUCCUUGGCUACAUGCCUUGGAUACAUUAACAGGGGGGAUGAUGUUAGCAUUGGGGGAUUUUAGAGCUAUUUUAAGUCGUUCAACAACGACAACGAAUUACCAUAAUGUUGAACUGUCUGCUGGAACUCUGCAUAUACCUGAUCACACGCCCCUUUCAGCUGUUCUGACUCUUGUGGGUGCAGCAUUGCGGGACACGUUUCCUCCUGUGUCUCUUUCAAUUAUUCCUAAAUUUUUUUGGGAUUCCAAAGAACACCCAAAGGUAUUUUUAGACAAAGCCUUAGACAUCUGGAGACGACAAACUGGAGUUCAUCCAACUCAGCCCACACUAAUGAGGGAACAUUUCCGCCAAGCUGUUUUGGAGGGUGUCCCUCCUUCUGUCGCCGCUCAAAUGAGAAAAAACCCGGAGUUGAAAUCUUGUGACCAUGCAAAAUGGGAGUUGCAUUUGUUGCAUAAUUUGCAGAUUUCUCAGGAUGAGGAGAGAGAGGCGGAGAAGGAGCAGGAAGAUUUUAAGAAACAAUUACUGAAACUUCAAUUAAGCGAAGCUAGACAGAAACUGCAGCUUGCCAAACAGGAACAGAAGGAGGCUAAAGCUAUGUUAACAACAGCUGCUCCAUCAAUUCCUGUUCCGGGUCAGGUCCCUGUUCCAGUAGCACAACCUGGUCCGCAAAUCUAUGUCGCCCCGCGCUGGCAGUCUGGUUUUCGGGGGUGGCGUGGGGGAAGAGGGAGAGCCCCCGCAUGGUCGGGUGUGCGAGGAAGGGGUCCACGAGGCGGGAGACGUAAUGACAGGUGUUUUUAUUGUGGAGAGGAGGGUCACUGGGUUCAGCAGUGUCCUCAUUAUACACCGGUUGUUGCACAAGAUGGAGCGUUGCCGAGUCUGCCACAACAGCCUCCAAAUGCUGCAUUACUUCCGCGACAUCCUGGACAGUACUUUCAGGCUGGAGAAUAUUGACACACCCCAGAGAGGAACCUGAAUCAGGGAGCUUUGGCAGAUCCCCUGAUUGAUGUGACAGUUGAUGGACAAACAUUGCCAUUUUUGGUGGAUACGGGAGCAACAUAUUCCACCAUGAAUAUUGUCAUGCCAUCACAAAAACUUUCUAGUCGGACUAUAUCCGUGGUUGGUUUUUCCGGGGUGAAACAAACUCUGCCUAUUUCCACACCUCUGCACACUGUUGUGGGCAGACAACGAGUGUCACAUCCUUUUGUGUGUUCCCCCUCAUCUCCCGUGAAUUUAUUAGGGAGAGAUUUGUUGAUUGCUCUGGGGGCCACUAUUUUGUGCGGACCUGAUGGACUACUUGUCACUUUUCCUGAUGGAUCUUCCCAUGCCUGCACUGAAGUAUAUACGCAUGGACAAUUUUUGCUCCAACAAUCCGAGGAGCACCUGGCUGAUAUAUACUGGGGUCUUUUACAGCCAGAAUCGACGGACCAUGCUGGGAUUCUGUCCUGUUUUCUGCUUUGGAAACCCUGGAUCCAAGCGCUGGCACCGUAUGGGUCUGCUCCUGAUUUUCCUCAUGUCACUUUGUUUUAUGACCGAGACCAGACUGAAUGGUACCAGGAGCAGUUUGAGGCGAAUUUAGCCAGUAAUGAUUGGACUGUGUUUUCACAGGACAUUUAUGUGGCACCGGAGGGUGUUGCUGCUGCAGUUAAUCUGACUCAGGAUCAGUUGUUUUGGUAUAAGAUGCAUGAUGAAGCAGUUCCACAUAUUUCUUUGGCUCUCCAUCCUGGUCAUCAGGCCAUGGAGUUAGGGGGCGUCGUAAAACGCUCCCUUGCAGCUUCAGACUGGCAGAAUACCGUUGCUCCUGACCUCUUUUUCUCUCCUUCUACAAACACAUACAAAAUAAAGUGUUCGGCUGUGGACUCUGUGGUUUUGGAACAUGUUCAACUUCCUAGACACCAUGGUAGGGAGCUGACUGAUCAUCCAACUGCGGCUGCGAUGUUGGCUUCCCUCCCGGAGUGUUUAUGGGCUACGGGUCCCACUGAUGUGGGGCUUGUUGAUGUCACACCUGUCACGUUUGAUUUACAACCGGGCCCUCCGAUUUGGAGGUCACAAUAUCCUCAUAAGCGGGCGGCAGAGGAGGGAAUUGCAGAAACUAUUGGGGGUCUUCUGGAAGCGGGUGUGUUAGAAUCUUCCACCUCUUCCUGGAACACUCCUAUUUUGCCAGUGGAAAAAAAGGGGACAGGUAAAUACCGAAUGGCACAUGACCUUAGGGCGAUUAAUUCUGUUUUGUUGACCCCUACGGUGCCAGUACCUAAUCCGCAUGUUGCGUUGACUAACCUAGACCCGUCUCAGACUUGGUUCUCUUGUGUGGACCUUGCUAAUGCUUUCUUUUGUCUCCCAUUGGAUGAGGAAUGUAGGGAUGUGUUUUCUUUUACCUACAGGGGUCAGCAGCUGAGAUAUACACGUCUGCCUCAGGGUUUUGCUCUUUCACCAGGGCUCUUUAAUCAGGUUCUGAAACAGCAGUUAGCGGACUGUUUCUUACCAGAAGGCGUGACCCUGAUUCAGUAUGUUGAUGACCUCAUGCUGGCAGCACAGACGUUGGAGUCUUGUAUUGAGGGCACGCGAAGUUUGUUGUCACAUCUAGCAGACAGGGGUUUUAAAGUGAGCAGAUCUAAGCUGCAAAUUGCUAGGAAGCAAGUUUCUUUUUUGGGGCGGAUUAUCACUGGGACAGGCACUCAGAUGUCUGCCAGCCAUAAAUCUGCGAUUCUCAAUCACCCCAAACCAUGUACGGUGAAGGACAUGUUGUCUUUUCUUGGACUGACUGGAUAUAGUAGGAACUAUGUUCCUAACUAUACAGAAUUGACAGACCCCUUACGGGCGUUAGUCAGAGAGCAUGGGAUUCGUCAGCUCACCCAUGCUCUGACUUGGACUAUGGAGGCAGAAGAAGCUUUUAUCUCUCUGAAACAACAGUUGGCUGCGGCGGCGCAGCUGGCUAUUCCGGACUAUUCUUUACCAUUCUAUUUGGAUGUUUCUGUAACAGAACUGACAGUGAAUGCCGUUCUGUUUCAGAAAACAGGGGGUGAGAGGAAAAUUCUCCAGUAUGUUAGCGCAAUGCUAGAUCCUAUGGAGAUAAGACAUCCAGCGUGUACAAGACAUGCUGCAGGUGUAGGAAAAAUGAUUCAAAAAAUUGCACACAUUGUGAUGGGUCAUCCACUGCAGGUGAUGACAUCACACAGUGUGGUAGCAUAUGUGAAUUCACAACAUUUCACAUUGACAACAUUGAGACAACAAAAAUUGAGCAAAAUUCUGGAAUCACCUAAUAUAACUUUUGUACACAACGGAGUGAAUAUGGCUGACAGGAUGCAGGAAGGAGAGCCGCAUAAUUGUGAGGAGUUAGUACAAAAAGAAGAAAAAAUAAGACCUGACCUACAAGCUUCUCCUUUGGCUGGUGAAGGUGUGAGAAAUUUUUAUACAGAUGGUUGCUGUUUUCGACAUGAUACAGAUGGACUGAGAGCAGCAUUCGCUGUGGUGGAAGACUUGGGCAGCGAGUUUCACGUUUUGAGGGCAGAAAGACUGCAGGGUGCGCAAUCGGCACAGAGAGCAGAACUCAAAGCAAUGAUUGAAGCUCUGAAAUUAGCUGAGGGAAUGAGGGUAAAUCUAUAUAGUGAUUCAGCCUAUGUAGCAAGUGCCGUUCAUGUGGAACUUCCUCAGUGGCUCAGAGCAGGAUUUAUAACUGCAGCACGAAAGCCCAUAAAACAUGAAACUGAAAUGAAAGAAUUGGCGGAGGCAUUGCUGUUGCCUCAGUCUGUUGCGGUGAUUAAAUGCAAGGGACAUGAUCAGAGUAAGACCAGAGUGGCAGCAGGAAAUGCGGCCGCGGAUGAGGCAGCCAAAGAAGCAGCUGGAUACCUGCCAUCUCUCUUCAUGGUGAGUACUGAAAUGGAACAGAUGGAACAGAAUAACCUGGAGAAAAUUAUUUUUCACCAGAAAGGCGUGUCACCUGAGGAACGUUCUGUCUGGAAAGCGAGGGGUGCCAUCUGCAAUGAGGGACUCUGGCGCGGACCGAAUGGUAAAGUAAUUCUCCCUCCAAAUAUGAGAUUCCAGGUUUUCCAGGAAGCUCAUGGACUCGGACAUGUAGGUAUUGCACAGAUGUUAAAAAACCUGGAGCACUGGUGGCAUCCAUUUUUGAGGGACAUGGUCAAGAACCAUGUGAAAACAUGUGAAAUUUGUGGACAACACAAUGCAAAACCAACUGUCAGACCACCAGUGGGACAUUUUCCUUGGACUACACAACCGGGUAAGGAGAUUAUUAUUGAUUUUACAGACAUGAUAACACCCGUUAGAGGAUACAGGUAUGUAUUAAUGUGUGUGGAUGCAUAUUCGAGCUGGCCAGAGGCGUGGCCAGCUAAAAAAGAGGACAGCAAAACUGUCAUAAAGUGUCUGAUCAAUUAUUACAUUCCAACCCAUGGUUUUCCAGAGAAGGUGAGAUCAGACAACGGCACUCAUUUCAGGAACCAAGAUUUGCAGAAGGUGGAGCAGCUGCUCGGACUGAAACAUUCAUUCGGAUUCUCUCCAUAUGAGCUUCAGACGGGACGGAUGUUUCCAGGACCUGCAACUCGCAUUCCAGGAUGGAAAGGUGAACUUGCACACUUAUCUCAUAAAGAUUUCUUUAAUGAGUUACAGAUCCUGGCAGGGGAAUUUGUGAAAUAUCAGACGACACAGGAACGUCCCGGCUCACCACCCGUUCCGGGAAUCGACUGGGUGCGCCUGAAAGUCAUCAAAAGAAAGUGGUCGGAACCUCGUUUCACCGGACCAUACCGAGUCGUGGAGAGAACAUCUCAUGCUGUCCGUCUGCAAGGGAAAGGAGACACCUGGUUUCAUUGGAGUCAGUGCACAGCAGCCGAGGAGCCACAGCGUGCGCUCCGAGACGUACAAGAAGAUCUUCAGCUUCAAUCUUCGGACGAGGAGCAACGCCAGGCGCUUCCAGGAGGGAGUGUAGCAGGAAUUCCUGCCACAACCACUUCAAGUACCUGAAAUUCAAAGUUUAAAAGGCUCGGACAGGCAUAAUAAUCCUGUUCCGAUGUCCUUCUAUUGAGGAAAAAGGAGAUUUUAUAUUCUCCUUAA